AAGAAGAGUAUAUAACGGGGUGUCCGCGACCGAUGUUCGCUCAGUGCACGUCCUGGACCCGUCGCCAGGUGGGCGCUUACAACAGGUACUCGCGCGAAAAGUGGAGAGAUACCAACAAAUGCAUCCCCAAUAUCGCGAUUUGAAAACUUUUCACAAGACUCUGUUCACGUUUGGUCAGCCGAAAAAUGUUGCCUAAAUAAGACAAAGUCGUCCAUAAACUGUGCGCAAAUGAGAAAAAGAAGUGCUCCAGGAACGGACAUCUGCAAAUAGAUUGCCAAAACUUAAUUAAUUUACUUUUCAUUCGAAAGAGCCGUUUACUUUGUCAUUAAAUGACUGCUGCAAAAACUGAGUUCUAGAGCGAAAUAUAAAUCUGGCCUCUUUUUUGUUACACAAGGUCUGGCGUUUCGAAACUAACGAAUGUACGAAAAGACAAAAAUUUGUUGAACCCUACCCUUCCAGAGAUUUUUUGCUCGAAGCCGAAUGAUAAUGUGCAACCGUAGCGCGUCCUGUGUAAAUGAUCCAACAUAUUUUAACACCUUUACCAGAUUAUCUCAGGUUUCCUGAAGGGAAUUCGACACUGUUCCGGAAGCAACAAGUCACGCGCGCGCUACAUUUUACUUCUUUGGAUUUCCAGGGAUGUUCUGACCCUCAGCAUGGACCAUGUCAGUUUGGCUUGCUGCCUACUUGCCUUUUUACUUUACUAUACAACGCUCGACGCCGACUUCGUCUACGAUGAUAGGAGAGCGAUCCUGACGAAUCCUGACUUGCUACCCACUACACCAUGGAUUCGGCUGUUCGAGAACGACUUUUGGGGAACGCCUCUAACAGACAGCGGGUCGCAUGGUUCAUAUCGACCUUUAUGCGUGUUAACCUUCCGAUUAAAUUACCUGCUCGGUGGCUUCCAGCCUUGGGGGUAUCACUUGGUCAACGUGCUACUCCACUGCCUCGCAACGGCUCUACUAGUACGAGUUGCACGUCACGUAUUACCCCGUACGCGGUCGCCCAUAGGGCCAGCUGUCACCGGUUUAAUAUUUGCAACGCAUCCUAUACACACCGAGGCCGUCGCCGGCGUCGUCGGAAGGGCGGACUUGGCCGCCUGCAAUUUUUAUCUCCUCUCGUUCUUGACGUACGUCGCGCACAUGAAAUACAGGGACUCUUUGUGUUGUAUGGAAACGGUUCCACAAAAUCGAUGCAAGGACGACGUGGAAAAAGCGGGCGACAAAAUAAAACAAUUUAACGGUUCGAAAUACCAUCGAUUCGUCGUAAAUUUGCAGAAGAAUGUGACAAACUGUAAUUGGCCACGAAAGUUUGGACGCGUGACCGUUCAUAGCGAAACUCUCGUCACGGCUGUUAAAAAAAAUAGAGGCAUGUCCGAAAAUGAAUUCUGUUGCUGGACGAGGACGUGCAAGCAAUGGGGGUAUCUAUUUGCUAGUUUGCUUUUAGCGUUGGCGGCGAUGUUGAGUAAGGAAACGGGGGUCACGGUUUUAGGUGUAAGCAUAUUGUUCGACUGUGUGACCACAUCAUCAAUGCACAAGAGGCAGUGGCGCAGCGCAAUAUUGUUAAGUUCAACGGCGUUUAUACUUUUACUACUCCGACUGCAAGUUCCGACACCCCAGUUUUCGACGGCGGACAAUCCGACGGCACGCGCGCCCCAUCUACUAACUCGCCUUCUUACCUUCCUGUACUUGCCGGCCUUCAAUUUUGGACUGCUGCUGUAUCCGAGUUCGCUGAGCUUCGACUGGGGGAUGGAUGCGAUACCGCGCGUCACAUCGCUUCGUGAUCCACGCAAUUGCGUGUCUGUAGUAUUUUAUAUGACUUUAGUUUUACUGGUCAGGUACUGUGUUAAAAGGGUGUUUACAAGACAGACAUAUUCGCCGGCUAAAUCAAGAAGACGUCGCGAGAAUACGACGACGUUUUUAUUAUCGAGCGAUUGGGUAUGUUCAUGUUCGGUGUGCCAUUCGAGUUUAUCGGAACUUCAUUCGGCAUCCUGCAGAACGAGUAAUAACAAUAAUAGCACGAGUAUGUACUCGACGUGCGUGUGCAUACGAAUGCCCUCGCGCGCGAUUUUAAAGAACGGAAGACGAAGAAAAUUAGAGAGCAGCGGGUGCAUCGCGAUUUUAUUAGGACUCGCCUUUUUAGCUUUACCCUUUCUUCCAGCGACAAACUUAAUAUUUUAUGUGGGGUUCGUGGUGGCCGAGCGCGUGCUUUACCUUCCAAGUGCGGGUCUGUGCUUAUUGCUAGGUAUGGGGUGCGCUAAAAUUUGGGACACUCGGAAAUAUCGGUGCUGUUUCGUUGUCGGUCUAGUGGUGCUGUGCGUUUGCUUUGCCGCCAAGACACUUGCACGGAAUGGCGAUUGGGUGAACGAGGAGGCCCUGUAUCGCUCCGCUGUAGCCAUCAAUCCGCCUAAAGCGUUUGGAAAUUUGGGCAGCGUGUUAAGUACGCAAGGAAGGGUUGUGGAAGCGGAGCAGGCUUUCCGAAAGGCUUUAUUUCAUCGACCCAACAUGGCGGACGUGCACUACAACCUUGGUGUGCUACUUCAGGGUAAGCACCAGCUGGACGAGGCCAUUCAAAGCUACCAGAGGGCGAUACAUUUCAGGCCAUCCCUAGCACUGGCGUACGUAAAUCUUGGAGCGGCAUUAAUAGCAGCCGGUAGAUGCCAAGAAGCUGUUUCUGUACUACGGCAGGGUUCACGUCUUGAUGGAACGGGGUUGAAAGAUCGAAGGGAGCACGAAACGGCACGUGUUUCGGCCCUUCUGCAACUGGGUGGCCUUUACUCGGAUCAGGGUCGCCUUCAGAGGGCCUUGGCAGCGUACAGAGAAGCCGCACACUCAUUACCGAAGCACUAUCCUCCGCAGAGCGUCUUCAAUUUGCUCGGGGAAACCUUGGCAAGAUUAAAGCAGGACGAGGAGGCGGAGCGGUGGUAUCAAGCUGCUCUAAACGCACAACCCGAUCAUGUUCCAGCUCACAUUACCUACGGAAAGCUUCUCGCCAAAAAUGUGAGCCGGGUCGCGGAGGCCGAGCAGUGGUUCCGAAGGGCGCAACGUUUGGCCCCCCAGGAUGCAAGUGUUUAUCACUAUUACGGUGAAUUCCUCGCGUCUCGCGGACGACAUAAAGAAGCUGCGGAUAUGUACGAAAAAGCUGCGGAAUUACGGCCAAGGGAUUAUGAACUGGCCGUCGCCGCAGCCACGGCGAUGAGACAAGCUGGAAGACAAGAUGAUGCGGAACGAUGGUAUCGUCAAGCUGUCUCAUUAAAACCUCAGGACGCCAGGGGACACACGAACCUUGGAGCUAUUUUGCAUUUAAACGGAAAAUAUACGGAAGCUGCAGCAAGCUAUAGGGAGGCGCUACGGCUUCAACCGGGAGAUAUAACAACAUUAACCAAUUUGCACAAGUUACACAGUGUAAUGACCUGACGUCAGCGAUGAUCAUCCCAACUGCAGUCACUUGAAAGAUCCCCUUCUGGGCUAACGGCGCCUUUAAUUGAUUGGUGAUCGGUGUACAAUGUCAGUGGUUUCAACAACCACCGGAGGUUUUUAUCAACGAAAAUAUCAGUGUGCUGUAAGAUUAUGUGCUUUUAAUCGCCGAUGUAUUAUUGGGACCACUGUGUGCACGCUUUGCAACAAGCAAGACUUUUGACAAUAUGACACGAACGUCAAUAGUGAUAUUUUUAUUAUGAAUGACGCAGCCUAAAACGCU